CUAAACAUUUGCAAAUGAAUGCAUAGUAGAUCUAUGAAACAUUGAUCUGAAGGAUAGACUACCCAACCUCUUUUAAAUGAACAUUUUCGAGUUAUACUAGAUCUAGAUACAGAUCUAGAUCUACUAGUAACAUUUAUAUUUAUUGUUCAAAAUCUUAGUUCAUCGUUGUUUGCUUAAAAGAUAAUUUUAAUAAUGGGAGAGUUUCAGAGCAUUCGACCAUUCAAGAUCAUGUCAGUGGUGAUGGUGAGCAUUGCAAUAGUUCUAACCAUUGUGUCACUGGCAGGUCCUGAUUGGGUCAGUGCGUCUUUUUAUGAGGGCGAUGUUAAGUCAUGGGGGCUUUGGUGGGAUUGCUUGAAGGUUCAUGCUUCAUUUGAGAUGUGCCUCAGUGCAGACUGGCUUGCAGGCUGUGCUGCUAUGGUGUUCUUGUCCCUCAUAGCUGAUGUGCUGGGUGCAGCACUUGGAAUAUGGGGUCUUUGUGCUAAGCGACGUAUGCCAUAUGUCUUAGCUGGUGGAGUCUGCAUUCUUUCCUGUAUCUGUAUGGUGAUUAGUCUCAUCAUUUACCCUGUUAUGUUUACACAGGAGGUAAGAACAAACCCUGACUACAAUGCGGAAACCUCUGACUUUGAGUUCUCUUGGACAUUUGGCAUAGCUUGUGGCACUGUUUUCUUUCUGAUGGGGGGAGCCAUUUUCUUUUUCAUUCGGCUGAGGGAAGAAGAGGAUGCCCAGCCCAUGAAAUCUGUGGACGACAAAUCUUACUUCAGCGUCAACUGAUCAGCUGAAAUCUUGAUUCAGGUACACAUCAGAUGAGUAGACUGUGUAGGCCAUUAUUGUAAGCAUUGUCUAAGCCAUAUUCCGUCAUGGUUGACAAGUAUUGUGUAAGCCAGAUUUCAUUAUAGGUGGCAAAUAUUGUGCAAGCCGUGUUCCAUCAUUUAUAGUAGACAGCUAUUGUAUAAACCUUGUUCCAAACUUAACGCAGUGGUUUAAGUUGAAAAAAUUAGAACAAGUAUCAAAAAACAUUUUCAUAACAAACUUAAAGGGCUAAAAGCAUGGACAUAAAUCUAGAUCUUAAUUAUUUAUUUUAGUAAAAAUAAGAUUUUGACUCUAGAAAUCUUCUCAAAAUAUUUUGUGACUAACAUUUUAAUUUUUACAAAUAUGGUAUUUAGAGCUGAGCUUGCUUUCCUAUUUUUAGUAUGCUUUAAAGCUUGUUAUGAUAAUGAUUUUAAUACUUGUUUUGUUUUAUAUCUUCCCCAUUAUUGUGAAGAAAGUAUUCUCUUUUAAAACAACCCUUCACACUACAACAGUCAUCUCCCCUUUUGUUAACGAACAGUAAUUGUGAACAAAGUAAAAGUUUGUAAAAAGUGUUCAUUGACCAACCUAUUUAAGUGGGACAUUUGAGAUUAAUUUAAGUGAUGAAAUAUAGAACGGUGCAUAAUAAUAAAAUGUAUUGAUAUUACAAAUUUUAUAGUCUGUUGGUUGAGGCACAAUCUCAUUUUUACAAGAUUGUUUUAAUUUUUAUAAUCAAAUGUGACAAAUAUUUUUUUAAAGCUGGUUUAUUCUCCAGUCAUAAUACAAAACACAACUCAUUACCAUUUUUACAUAAUAACUUAUAUAAGACUAGUCAGCACUUUGUUAACACGUGCUUAUUUUGUUGGUUUUUUUUAAAAAUCCUACUUAAAAAUUUGCUUAAUUAAGUAAUUAAAGAACAAUGUAAUUAUCAAUCACUACCAGACUACUUUUUAUCACUCUGGUAUAUUUAUUAACACUUCAGGUAUGUUCUGUGUAUGCAGCCACCUUAGGUUACAACAAUGUGAUUUAUUGCUCUUGGUGUAUUUCACUUACAUCAAUGUACAUUCCUUAACUUAUUAGUCUGUACAUUUAUUGCUGUUUAUUUUUACACUGUCAUUGAUAUUCCAACAUUGGUUGCUGCUAAAUGCUAGUUGUGAUAUGCUGGGGUGUCACAUUCCUUGUUUAUUUCAAUGUCAAAAUACUGUAAAUAUCUUAAAAUUUAUGUUGUAAGCUAUUUGAUGUUGUUAUACUAGUCGCUAUUUUUAUUGCUAGUUUUUUUCCCACUAAUAAUUUUUUAAAGUAAAUCCAGAGGGCUUGUCAUUUUAAACAGGCUUUACAGUUAAGGUAAAAAUUAAAUUGAAUUAUAAUCAAUUUAUUUUAUUUUUAUUGAAAAAAACCACAUGAAUUAUUUUGUGUAUUUAGAGAUUUUAUACAUUUCUGUAAUGUUAGUGAAUAACAUUCCUUUUUUUUAAAAAAAAUACCUUUCUGUUUUUAAUGUUCUAAUGAUUGUUAUUUAUUUUAAAAUGUAUAAGUUUUUUGGCCAGUAUUAAAGGAUACAUAAUCAAACAGACACCAGAUGGUUUGAAACCACUGGUUUGUUGUAUUUAUUAUUGUUGUUUAAUAAUGUGAAUAACAUGUUCUAUUGUAAUUCAUGAAACUCAUUCCUGUCUCAAAGAAAUAUCAAAUUGCUAAUUAACGAGAAAUGGUUCUUUUUUUAUUAUAACAUUCCAUGUUCGUAUCUGAAGUGGGAAGGGAUACAUUUACUUGUGUUUUAAUUCAUAGUUUUAUUUAAAAUUUCUACUACUCUCAACAUUUUUUGUGUUAACUCAACAUAAAUAUAAUCUUCAUUAAAUCUGAGAUUCAUAUUAUCUUUGAUCCUAUCCUUGGCAUUAAUCUUUAGUCAUUCUAUAUUUAUAUUUUUUACACAUUUUACUCAGCUGUCACUUUUUUCAGCAGUUUGAACACAUAGAAUAUUUUGCUUAAUAGUAUACAUUUUUGUCUAGUUAUACAAAUUUCAACCUAUCUAAAUAGUCAUUACAGAUCUAAACUUUUGUCUGCAUAGUUAUAACAGCUUUUUUGGUCAAUUUCUAGUCUUUUUCUUCACAUAUGCCUACUUAUUACCAUGGUUAUGUUUGUUAACACUUUUACAUUUUUUUAAACCUGUAAUUUUAAAAAAAAACCCUGUGAGGAUCAAUUGGUGCUAUGUGCAGUCAUAACUGUCUCAGCUUUAGGGGUUGUCUUCUAAAAAUUGUUGAACACCUUGACAUAUUCUUUUUAAGAAAACACAUUUGUCAGAAGAUGCUUGUUAGCUAGUAGUGUGUGUAUAUAUUUUUAAUUAUUGUAAGACAUGACAAUUUUUUUGUUUGUUAAAUAGUCUUAUUUUAGAAAAACAACAAACAAUUGGCUAUCAAUUGGUGUAAUAUUUGAUCAGACAAGUAUAUAAAUUGGCAUGGGUAAGGAUGGUGGUCAGUGGAGGACUCAAUUGGUGGUCAUCCUUAAAACCUGAGGUCUGAAGUUUAAAUCCUGGUGAUAACCUGGUCUGUGGCUUAAGCAUAAUCAAAAGAUAUCAUUGAGCCCAUUCAGCCCUUUUUAGUACCUGAAGCCAACUGAGAUAGGAGCCAUGACACUGUCUCAACCACCAAAUACAUGAAGUUGGAUACCAUCUUAUCCACCAAUCAAAUACUUCUGCCAUUUCUAGCAGUAGAAUUUGUUCACCCCUAUUGACUGUAUUUUCCUAAGAUUUUUAGUUAUUGCUGUGGCAUUAUAUAAUUUUCUGACAGGUAAUGACAACUUUUUUUAACAAGGCUAAACACUUUGUACUUUGUUUCAUCUUAAAAAUACAAGAUAAAUCUCCGUGUAGACUGUUCAGAUAAAACAUUUUAAAGUUGAAAAACAUGUAAAUUAACAAGUGUGAAACCUUUGAGCAGUAAGCUAACAUAAUUUUAAAAAAUGGACAUAUCUAUAUGACUUAAUAUACAAUUUUUUACACUGAACUUGUUUGGUAAACUUGAUAUACAUUUUGUUGUACAUGUUUAGUUAAAAUAGUUAGUCAACAAAUUCUGAUCAUCCAAUAAAGUUUUGUU